CACUGCGCGUGCGCGCUGCGGAUCAUCAUUUAUACGCGUUUAUCCCCAUUCAUGUCAAACAUUCCUGAAUAUAUUCUUGUGGACUUGUUUCCGGCGUAUCCUGCAGGAGAAGAUGUCUCACUGCGCCCUGGUCGCAAUGCUCUGCAGCCUCCCUCUUGCUGUGGAACUGCCUCAACAGCUCCUGUGGCAGACCGUGCUUCUUCAGAAGCCGCAGGUCUUGAAGGUCUCGACGGUUGACACGGGGCAGUUGGACAGCGUGAGGGGCAGCUCUGGCGAAGGAUGCCUCCUGAAGUCCACGAUCAUCUCUACAGUCUUGAGCGUGUUCAGCUCCAGGUUGUGUCGGCCGCACCACAUGGAGAUGAUGUGGUGUACCUCAGCCUCACCUGCUUUGUCCUGCCUGUCAGGAAACUAUAAAUCCACUGGCAGAUGGCAGAUAACACAAUAUUGAAAAAGACUUCAAGGCUAUAUCUCAAGUUCUGAAAUAUUCAGUACAAAAUUGUUCACUGUCUUUGCACAUUUUCAGCACUUCAACCAUAUUUUUAUAUCUUUAGAAACAAAUCACGAAAUUCACUUUACAGGCUGUCUAACUUGUUAAAGGGUCAUUCAUGACACUAGUGGGUAUUGCACUGUGUUUGGUGAAUAAACAUAAUUUUACUUCUUUACAGGUUGGGUCAUACUGGGUGACAGAGAAGAAGUCCAGAUAGUUUGCGCCGGGAAGGAAUUCAGUUUGCCGGUCUACUCUACAUCAAGAACCGUGACUUUUACUCCGAACACUGCAGGACCGAGGCGUGUUCUCCUCGAGAAGACAAUUGUGAAUGACGCUCGUUUUGAGUGGACUAAAGACAAAAUGCUGGUCCUGAAAAAUGUGACUCAUGCGGACCAGGGACUUUAUUCUAUCAAACUGUCUUCUGGAUUCACCUAUGAGACUGUUCGUCUGACGGUUUCAGAAUGCAUCAAGUCAUACUACAGAAACUAUGGAGAAAACUUUGAGCACAAUAUCCCUGAGAACGGCUUCGUACUGGAGUUUGCUCCCCGAGGCGCUCCAGCCGAGGCGAUGCCAAUAGUCCUGUGGAACCGAACCGAUCCUGAUACUGGCAUUGUGGGUCGGGGCCGGUUGCUACGAGACAGGAGGGUCUGGGUGGCAGACAGAGUCACGCAAGCCGACCAAGGCAACUACACAGUGAGAGACGCUGAGGGGAAAGUGUUGUCUCGCAGCACCCUCACUGUCCGUGGACACACUUUCAAUGUGACCCGCUUCACCAAAGAGUCUCUGAACCUCCCCCUCUUCCUCCCCGUGCCACGUGCCUACCUUAUCUUCACCCCCACCCGACACCCUGACGAAUCCUCGUUGGGUCCUUUCGACUCCAAGCCCCCCCGCGGUCCCGUGCAGUUAAUGCGCGAGGGCCACAUCACCGACCACGACAUGCGGUACAGGGGUCUGGUCUCCGUGGGCAGGAACGGAUCCGUCAACGAAGUGGUCAUAGCGAGGUUGACCUCGAGGCACGAUGGCGUCUAUGAGAUCAGAGACAUUAAUGGCAACCUGGUGUCUUCCACCUUAUUGCAGGUGAUUGAAAGGGGGGGCAGGUGGCGAGCUCUUCUCAAGUCCAUCACUGUCCCUUCCGGCAUGUUUGUGUCGCUGGCCGGUUUCAUCCUGUUCAUGAAGCGCUACCCCAACUGCAGCCUGUCGCAGAUCAUCGCCUGCCUCAGGACGAACCGCACGCCACAAGCCCAGCCCCCGAGGGUCAACAUCCAGAACUACAGCCAGCCAAGCCCUCAGCCUGCAGGCUACUAUAAUCACGGCCAGCAGCAGGGGACGCCGAGAAAAUGGACCCCGAGAGCCAGUCCGGUUCAUACUGGUUACACUCCCGUUACGGUAGGAACUCCACCUUGGCUCACUCCUGUUCAUGCGAGGGCUGAAAAUGUUGAAGGACAAAGAUCCCCUUCUCUGAGCUCCCCCUGUCGCAAUUCUUCUGCCGAGCAGGAAAUACCUCACGAGGAAGAGAGGAGGAUUUCCUUUCCAGUGGCUGGAGCAUCAGAUUGCCUGCAGUCUUCCGAAGGUUGCGUUCAAUUCCAGAUCAAUAAGAAAGCAGUUCAAGAAAGGCAGAGCAACACGAAUGAAUUUUAUUCCGCGCUGCCGCUGGACACGGAUACGUCCGAUGCCUGCAGUGUUUACACUUCCGAGAAGCUGAACUUCUUAUAGUGCAUGGAGAGGUGGCAGAGAAGCAUGCAUGAGAAGAAACAACUCACCUGUGCCUUUUGCAACGAAGCCUAUAUUGUACUUCCAGCGGUUUGACAUCCAUCCAUGCAUGUCAUUAUUGUCCGUGUAAUGGUAUUUUUGAAGCAUGAGCUGAAUAUUAUCCUUUCUGCUUCAUACAUUUAUUCACUCUGACUGUGCCGGACAUUCUCAAGUCUCUGCUGUCCUCGGAUGCUACCUACCUCCAGACCCUCAGGACCACCGUGAUAUGCACUGUAUAUAUUUGCUGAAUCUGUGUUUGCGUGUGCGCUCGGUGAACUCUCCGCAUAUAUAGGGCUUUAAGUAGAAAUUUGGCCAUUUGAUAUUAGCGUUUGCAAAAGGGAAUAUUAACUUAUUGUACUAAUAUCGUGAAGGCAUUUAUUCUUGUCUUCAUGUUGAUCUCUUCUAUUAUCAUGUGUCUGUGAUGUAAGAUCAUUUUACCAUAAUAACUCCUGAGGCACUGUACAACUGUUUAACAUGAUGUAAAACGUUCCACCAAGUAUUGCAACAUCCUGUGAACCUUGUCAAGACCAAAAUAUCGACCACCAAAUUCCUCCAAGUGACGGAAAUGGC